GGAAAACGUUGCCACCUAAAGCAAGAGAAGAAGAAGAAGACGACGGCUUCAGAGGUUUCUUGGAACAUCUCUCUCCACCAGACAGAUGGCUGGACUGUGGUUGAAGACUGUGACGCUGGUAUUCUUCCUGUUUGCUGGAAGUUUGGCUGCUGUGGACCAGAACAAGCUUGCACAGCUUAUACAAGCCGUCAAGACUCAGUACCCAAUACAGGGUAUGUUCAGUUUCGCUCUAAGCAUCCAGGGAAUGGACCAGAACCAAUUGGACCAAAUCUUUGAAGACAACCCUCAAGACGUGGUGACACAAAUGGUUUCAAAACGUGAGGUGUACACAGGCAAGAGACUUAAUGUAGCAAAAUUAAAAGGACAUGAGCAUGCUGAAUGGCGAGUUUUGAAGGACCUGAACCUUGAAAGCAAUACGGGUGAUUUGUUGGUCAUCUACUGUCAAUCUUCCUCUUGUCCCAGAACUUGUACAGAAAUCAACGGUCCUUACAACAUCAUGGAUAAGAUCGAUAUUGUCAUUGAAAAGGGAAAGUGGAGUGAAAAGGUCUUUGUGUUUGAAAACGUAUUCCAGCCCAAGACAGAAGAUAUCGAUGUCGAUGAACUGAAACAGGCUCUUGUAAAUCUUGCAACAUCUAAAAUCAAACUUGCAAACAUAUUUCGCUGUUACACACCGCAAAACCAUGAUUUUCAGUGCACAAGCUGCUCCAGUGGUGGAGAAGUGGCAAAUGUGUGUUAUGAUUACAACCUCAGAGGAAGGAGCAGGAGUAGGAGCAGGAGUAGAGGAGGGAGCAAGAGUAGGAGCAGGAGUAGGAGCAGGAGUAGAGGAGGGAGCAAGAGUAGGAGCAGGAGUAGGAGCAGGAGUAGAGGAGGGAGCAAGAGUAGGAGCAGGAGUAGGAGCAGGAGUAGAGGUGGGAGCAAGAGUAGGAGCAGGAGUAGGAGCAGGAGUAGGGUGGGAGCAGGAGUAGGAGCAGGAGUACAGGCAGGGGGGUAGGGACUGCAUUGAUGCGGGUAACAACAACAUGAUAAGGACCUGAGAAUCUCAAUAGCAGCCCCAAUAAAGCUUACUGAUUGAAAUCAGCACCGCAUGCUUAAUAAUAAUAAUAAUAUGUUUUGAUAGAUUUAAUGACUCAAAUUCUCUUAAUGCCUGCAGUGGCAGUGAUACUGAAAGGAUUCCCAGUUUCCAAACUACUCUGCAAAAGUACAGCCAGUGUGUUUCAUUUGGGCCGGAGCAAAAUGUCAUAAUUGAUCUUUAUUUUGCUAGUUACUUAAUACAUUUCUCAUGACGACCAAGCAUCAAGCACUUCUGUGCCGCGAUGUCAAUACUAUGAAUGGAUUUGUUUUCCCAUCUUCCCGAGCAAACCCGACUCGAAAAAAAAGACACUUUAAAGUUUAAAAAACUAAAAAAUAUGUUGUCAAAUUCCCAAGAUGAUAUUGUUUCAAAUAAGCACCAGCCCAUUUGCUGGUACUAUGUAGUAAUUUGAAAUAUAUAGACUUGAAAAGCUAUUUGGUUUGUUUAAUCUGCCAAUUAAAGGUUUGGUAUCUUUGUCUUGAGUUACAGCCAGUUCACCUGACCAACCACAGGGAAUGUGACCUCAGUGCACAUGACUGUUACUAUGUAACUGAUGGGAAAACAUUCGCUGACGGUGAACAGAUUAUUUAAUUUUGUUUCCACAUAUAUCACUGUACUUCUGUCAAGCAUUGCCAAAUCCUCUGAUGUUAUGUUCUUUCUGAUUAAAGCUUGGCUCAGCAUUUAUUAUGGUCUGUCUGUGUGCAAUGUCUCCUGU